CGAAUUUCACAAUAAUUUUUAAACUUCCCUUUUUAUUUUCAAGGUGUAAAAAUAAUGGCAUCAUUUGUGGUAUUUUGUUUAAUCUCUGUGAUAUCAAUUAAUUAUGCUAGUGCAUUGACAGCUGACGAAAUAUCUUUUUUCAAAUCACGUACUCACGAAGAAGGUAAUAGUGGGCUUCAGGGAACAGUGUCGGUUGAAACAUUUUCCGAGACCCUCGUCCUUAAAAGCAAUGGUAUUCCGGAUCAUGACACUGGUUUAUUUGAUGGAAAUCCUAAUUCUAUCGACGCCCAGACAUAUGAGUUUACAGUAAAGAAAGAUCCAACUCAUGCCACAAGCUCAAGUUGUACGCCGAUGGGACCAAUUGGAAUGGCUGUUAAUGGAGUCGCUAUAUUCAAUCCAUACACUUCUGAAUGCUGUGAUGCAGGAAUGGAAGAAUUUGACCUGCUUGAUCAGUGCCACGGACAUCCUUCACCAAGAAAUGCUUAUCACUAUCACAUUGCACCAAUAUGCUUAGGAAACAUUUGUGCGAAUCCAUCACAAAUUUUAGGUGUGGCUUUUGACGGUUUUCCCAUAUAUGGGCCUUUCGACGAAGAUGGCAAUUUUUUGACAAGGGCUGAACUGGACGAAUGUGGCGGAAUGGAGACACGCAAUGGAGAAUACAGAUAUCAUGUUACUGACGAAUUUCCAUACAUUAUCGGAUGUUUCAAAGGAGAUGUGAUUGAUGAAAACGUACUAAGACGAAUGCAAGGAGUUUGUACUUGUACUGAAGUGAAGGAACCAUGUACACAAUUUGGCGACAGGAAGAAAAGGCAAAUACAGAAGAGAGCCGUGGAUUCUGCCUUG